GACGCACUCACGCACAUGCUACACGUAGGUCACGUUUCCAUCCGUGUGUGUGCACAAAUAUAGCGCUUAGUUCACGUUCAAUUGUUUCUCGUAUUUCCGCGUCUGGCCACUUCGUUUCGUGUCGGUGAGCGCUGUAAAAUGUCGUGUGAUUCUCCGGUGCGUGUAAUUAAUCGAGAGUUUUUCGAGCUUUUAUUAUAUGUGUGAGAUGGUUGUGCCUGUGGAAAGCUACGUAUACGCGUUCUUCAAGGACGACACUCAAUCUAUUGAAGACAGAAACGAAGGGAGACAGGCGAUAGAACCAUUGUUGUGACUGUCUCGUCAACAAUCAGCCGACACUGGUUUAAUAUGUGUUGAAGACGACAAUUGUGCUUUUCUCAUCGGUGAUGUAUUGUUAAAGGUCUGGAAGGGGUGGUGUUGACUCGAGCAGCCAAUCAGAGAAAAGCAUAAGGAUCAAAUACGAAAACAAAAGAAGACGUAAGACCGUGAUGGUGGCGGUUGGCAUGACAAGGUUCCUUCAACAUUACGCUGGUUACUUUGGGUAUAGAAAGGGGGGAGUGGCCAUGAAACAGUGAACAGAAGAGCAUCGGAGGCGCGCACGUCUCUUGUCUCUCUCCACCCCACCCCUCACCCCCCCGCGUCUAUCAUCUGUGUCGGAGAGGGUUUUUACUUUUGUGUACAUUUUUUUAUUUGUGUGUGUGUGUUAUUUGUUUGACGAAACAAGGAGGAACUGGGAUUGCCGGACAGGAAGGCUGUAGUUUCUGUUGUCGCCGUGUUGAGCGCGGAACGCACAGUCACAAUGCAUUGAAGAAAAGUGUCUCUCAUUUUGUGCUAAGUAACUAUCAGCGUUCUUCGCACGUGCUUUAACGUCACGGAAUAUGUCGUCAAAGCGGAAAUCUCCGCCGACUAAAUUUCAAGAAGGCGGUGGUUUGGUCACACCGGAGGACGACAGUGCGGCAAUUGUCCCAGCCACAAUCAGCGUUCCGAACACAUUGUCUUCAGGAGGCUAUGGUGGUAGUGACGGCGGUGGUUUGACCGACGUGGACGAGAGUAGCAGUAAUAAUGUAAGCGACGUUGGGGACGAGGACCUACCCCCUCAGGGUGCCACCGCCGCGUCCCUGUAUAAACUAUCCCAUUCUUCAUCGUCGUCACCCAUGUCUGGGAGCGAACCCGAGGACUGUCCGAUCGACACCCACGAACCUUCGCCUCCUAUCAAGAAGCAGCGUCUGCUUUGCCCUGUCCCACCGCAAGACAUCGAGUACUUGAACGACAUAAAGAGUAACCUGGUGCCUCCGCCUUCAGCACUUCUCCCAGCCCUGUCAGCCAUCCACCUUCAACACGAACAUCACCAGUACCAGGAACCCGUUGACAGUAGCUGUAGCAGUAGACGGAGGAGUUCGUCAGACUGUAGUUCGCCGACAUUGGACAUAAUGAUGAAGGCGGGGACUGUUAAUAAUCACAACAAUAACAAUAACAAUAGUAUGACGCAUAAUAAUAAUAGCACAAGUAGUUCGCACCCAGUGAAGAGGACCAUGGACGACGUCCUGAAGAGACUUACCUCGAAGAUGCACAUAAGCAACGUAAGGGACGAGAAGAGGCCUACACCCGCCAGCACUCCCACCGGGAAACCUGUCGGCGCCGGCGAUCACCGUUCUGACGCUUCGCCGACCGACGCUGCCGUCAACAGCGCAGUGAUGGACGGCGCUGCGGUCCUGCACCAGGCGCUGUCCGGAGAGACGUUCUUGGAAAAAGAAAGGCGACUGUCCGAGAUGAUACGACAGCUUCAGAUGGUACGGGAACAACUGCUCAGCCAGCAGGAACAGCAGAGCAAGGCAUUUGCGAGUCACGUGACGUCGGAGACACAGAAGCAGCUGGAAUUGCAGAGGUUUCAAGAGGAACAUUUGAAGCGUCAACAGGAGUACAUUCAGCAACAGCAUCACAAGAUUCAGGAACUUCAGUCUCAGAUCUCAUCUCAGUACAGCCCCAACAAAGGGUUGAACAUCCCCAAUCCCCAGUCUUUAAUGUUCUUACCUUUCCUGGAACAACUCAGAGGUCUGCCGUCUGUACCCGGUGCCGUAUCCGUCAGCUUACCUCAACUGCCGCAUGGAACUCCACCGGUUAGCAAGGCGGUCAGCACGUCACUCGCAAGCAACCUGAUUCCUCAUCAGAGCUGGGUUUCUGGACAUAUGCCUGCAAAAGGAGCGACAGAAAAGUCCUCACCCCCUCCACUUCAACCCCCAGUAUCAUCGUCAUCGCCGCCAGCACCGCAGGCAGACCCCGAUGCGCCUCUGAACCUGACGAAGCCCAAGGCGGGCUCUGGAACGAGCCUUCAUAGUCUUCCCCUGGGGCUGCAUGGCCUGGGUGAGCAGCCUGCAGCUGCCACGACUCCUAAAUUGCUGCCCCCAAGCCUCGUGAUGCCGAGGGCCUUCCUCCCAUACGGAGCGGUCCUUCCGCCGCAUCUGAGCCCGCUGCCCCCAUCAGCAGGUAAACUGGGGUUGCCCUCGAGUCCUGGUAUGACCCAGGGUAAGGAGGGGCUCAUCUCACCCGACAAGCAUCACCCGCACUUUCCUCUACACAUGUACGCCCUAUCGGGCUCACAUCUCGCCUCUUCCAAAUCUCAUCGGGAUGAGCCGUCAUUCAGCUCCGGUAAAGAGGAAGCUGAUUUAGUCACCUGUCAGAUGUGGGGGCCUGAUCCAGGGUACAAAAUGCCAGAAGAAAAUAGCGAGAAAGCGAAAAUAGUGAGACAACAGAAGAGAGAAGGCGAGAAUAAACCUCACAUAAAACGACCAAUGAACGCUUUCAUGGUUUGGGCCAAGGAUGAAAGGCGAAAAAUUCUUAAAGCCUGUCCUGACAUGCAUAACUCCAACAUUUCCAAAAUACUUGGUGCCCGCUGGAAAGCCAUGUCAAAUGCUGAGAAGCAACCAUUCUACGAAGAGCAGUCACGGUUAUCAAAAUUACACAUGGAGAAGCAUCCAGACUACAGGUAUCGGCCACGACCCAAGCGGACGUGCAUCGUAGACGGAAAGAAGAUGAGAAUCUCGGAGUACAAGUCGCUGAUGCGACAACGUCGCCAAGAAAUGAGGCAGCUGUGGUGUCGAGAGGGUGGUCCAGACAUGAGUUUCCUCCCACCUGACAUGGCUUCACCUGGAACUUCGGCUUCGGGGCGCCCUUCCUCUCCACCCACCAAUGGAGCCGGUCCCAGCUCCUCGGAACAUUCGACGGCCGGAAGCGGCCCGUUCUACUACUCGCCUGACAGUCUGUCUCCCACGGAUGUACUUAAUUUCUCCCCUGACACAUCCGUAUCGGUGGCAUUUGAUGGAAGCCCCACUGGCAGGCAUCAUGAUGAUGACUGAACACACGCAUUUAUUCCUGCAAGACGUGGAAACGCGCGGUUGUGCCGUCUGCCUCCGUUACCACCGUGGUAGAAAUGAUUAUGUAAGGAAUUUUUUAAGUCGGCUCAACUCAAACACUGGCGUCGGGGCUACGCAAGAUGCAGAGAAACAUGUCUGGAUGCACAGACAGGACACGUAAUAUUCUUCGUAUCUUAACGGUGAUUUAGGAUUUUAUUCUCCUAUCUUAGAUCUAGGAUCACCAGCUUUUUGGAGUUCAGUACGGAAUCAAUACAAAUUACUUUCUAUUUGUUACAGUCUCGUAGACUUUUUAAUAUCUUAAUAAUUAGAAAGAUUACUGCUGCAUUCCGUACAGCCUUAAUCUUAUUAUAUUCACAGCCAGGGCUGCGUUGCGGAUUUGUUAAAGUGGGACUUGCCUGCGUCAUCUGCGCAUCAAACAUACUAAUAACUCACAUACAGUAUAAGACAAGUCGCAGUACAGCAUUACAAGCAAACGUGUACGUCCCCUCCGCAUCUGGCAUUCGGAAGUACGGACAGGCAAGAUGUAUCGAUGUACUGAUAGUUUCAUACUGCUGUAUCAUGUUAUAUUUUUUGUGCUAACCACAAAGGGCUCAGAUAAUUAGCCAAAAAUUAACGAGGUGCUCAUGCGAGCCCCUUGGAACUCGAACCUGUUCAAAACUGGUAAAAUACGCUAAGUCGAUUAAGAAAAUUAACUCCGUUCUUGCGUGCUCGCAAAUUUCCACUUUCUAAAAGCUGAUUCCGUGACUCACGGCACAAACGAGGAAGUGCCAAUACAUCAUAAUUCAUAUGCAUCGGGUAAUUCUAAGCGCUGCAUCUGAUUAUUACAAAUACCUCGUAAAAUGUUUCAGUUCUGUAUCUUGCACGCUUCGCGGAUCUGGCGUGGAAUGUCCGGUCACGCUCGUCGUAAAAUCAGUUAAUCAUCCUGCAAAAUCGUACUGUAUUAGCAGACGGUGAAAAAGUCCAGAGCUUUAAACUUUGCUUUGCAGAAGCUGGAAGUGUGAUCGGUUACGAUCAUUAUCACAGCGAAGGAAGACACAGUGGCGCGAGGUUCUGUGCAGUAUCCAUCGAACAAAGUAGAACACUUGAUAACAGUUAUUUAAAUUAUUUAUAGCAUAUAUAACUGUAGCACGAUAAUGUCUGUAUGUCUUCACGAGCCAUUUACAGUGCCAUCUUUUGCAAGGAAAAGGAAUUUGGAUACGUAUGGACUCUGUCCUCUACUACCCAUGUAAAGGAGGUUUCAAAGCAAAUUUAUUUAUGCCAUUUUCUUAACAUUUAGUAAAAACAAUAAUGUUUUAUCCUUAGGUUGUGAUAAAAUUCAGUGUGCCAUGAUUUUCCAUGGUGUGAACUUGAAAAGAAAUCAAAAAGUUUGAUUUCUAGUCUUUAUUCUAUGUAAAAUUUUAUGUUACACUUUAUUAAAGACACAAUUUUUUUUUUUUCAAAACAUUUACGUAAUUUUGGUAUGGAUUGCUACAGACGAAUUUAAUUUUAAGUUAUUGUGAAUAUCGCCAUCAUCAUCAGGAUCAGAGAUAUGGUGAUCAUUUCAAAGCAAAACUCGAAUUUAAGUGCGACUUCAAUUUCGCGCAGGUUAUGUUUUUCCGUAACAUCUACCGAUGUUUUGAAAAUAAAGUACUGAUCCCAUUUUUUAUUGUUAUUAUUCAGUAGUCAUUAAACAAAGAACACUAGAAUAAAUUGAGAAACUAAAAAUAAAUGAUAAUAUAUUAAAGGUAUUUCAUUUGAUCCAUAAAACUGUUUAUACCGAGUUAUGUACUGAAAUGAAUGGGUGCAAAAGUACGCUCUUUUGUUUUUGUUUUUUUUUGGCAAUUGAUUUCUUCAUUGGAAAUUAAGGAGAUAUCAGGCUGACUGUGUAGAAAAUAAAGUCCUUUGAUUAGGACAACUUUGGACUGAUGUUGAGCACUCCGCUUUAUCACGAGUUGUAAUUGUUUAUCCUGCCAGCGUGGUUGGUCUUUGAGGCACUUCAUUCAAGUUCUGGACUUAUUUGCUAUAAGGAAAGCUGUUACAAAGUAAAUUUAUUUUAAAGAAGACAACUGAUGCAUGUACCCACCUGCAGGAAUUAUGUGAAUACAUGUAAUAUAUGACAGUUUUGUACGGACCUGUCUUAGUGGCAGUUUACAGCAGCGUUAAUUUCAUUCGGAUGCAAUAUUUUAUUUUAAGUUAUUUUUAUGAUGUAUUAUAUUUGUAGUUAUUAUUAUUAUGAUUAUUAAUUAUUAUUAUUUAUAUCAUGUUAGCGUAAUCUAAGAGUAGAAGUCAAAGCCGCAAAUGCAAUACCGUUCUCACCGAUGUAAGAUAAUGCAUUAUUUAAAGGCUAGGAGUGGGCAUUGUCUUUCAUAUUGUUUGGUUUCCUAACCUGACAUUCACUGAGAUUGCAUUUCUAGUAUUAAUGUACAAGCCAACAGACGUCUCUCAAGAAUCAAGAGCUAUUCGCAACAUGGGCUCUGUGUUCUGAUAUUCUUACUGAUCUUUUGAGAACCGAAGUGACAAAAAACCAUCAGCAUGGUCACGAACCACUGCAAUCAAAAUCAUAAACUAAGAAUUUGUGUCAAGUUCUCAUAACAGGUCAAGGAAAAACACGAAUAAUCUUGUGAUCGAGUCGGUCAGUUUCCGUUUUGUCGCAAUAUCCGGAUUGACCGCAAAUGAUGAAUUUCUUGCGGAAACAUUUAAAUGGCCAGUAGUACUUCAAGCGUAAUGUACGCAACCAUAAUCGCAGGCUAUUUAUUAAUCUCAAAAUGUGCUGAUUCUCCCGUAGGUUUAUGUGCAAAAUCUUUCAUGGUUUUUGCGUCUUCUUUACGGCAUCUAUUUUUUUAUUUUCCUUCCGCGUUGUUAAUGUUGCAAGAGAUGUGACACCAGGUAUUGUGAAUGUUGGUAGGAAUGGUGCUAAUGUACUUAUUAUUAUUUUUUUUUUGCAAGAUGUGUCAGUAAUUUUCAUGGAUGUUAAAUAGAGAUUCCAAACGUCUGUCUGUGUAAUAAAUCUGUGUAAAUGGUUAGGUAUUGUGAAGUUAGCUGGUGACAUUUUUGUAUGCAGACUUGAAAAAAAGUUACACUUCAUUAUUACUGUGUUACAAAAUGGCAAGAAGUAAUUAAUUAUUGGAGGUACGCUGGGACUUGCAGAAUUUGCCAGUCCGCAAAGUACCUUGAAUAUGUGAUACAUGUACAUAAUAUGUAAAACUUUGAUAGCUGCCAUAGGUAUUGUUCUGUUUUGUGAAUAAUAUAAUGUUAAACUGAAUGUACUUGGCUGCAUGCCAGUGCGAGCUCAUGACUGAAUGUUUUUAGCAUUUCCUGAAAUGCAUGGGCUCAUGUUCGUGCCAAAUAUAGGACUCGAAGAUAAUGUACAAAUUCCAAAGAAGUGUGAUUGCGAGCUUAUGUGAAUACGUAGCUUCAUAGAUAAGUAAAAAAAAAAAACGUGUAUAGAUCAAGAAGACUUUGUUCAAAUUACUAUGUGGUGUUGUGAUGUAGAACAAGAAAUCGUUCCAAAAAUCCCCAACAUAUACAGAUUUAUGUUGCCGUAUUUAUGUUGCAAAUGGCGGUAUGAUAAGAGCUCUUGCCAUUAGGCAUGUAGGCUUCAACCGUGAAACAGCUUGCCAACUAUCAUGUAUUUAUGCAUACAAAACUCACAUGAAACAAUAGAAGUAAGACCCAAUCCUAUUUUGUGGAUGAGAACAUGUGUUAUUGUCUUUAUGUAAAAUUCGUAGGCUAAAUAAACAGAUUUUCAAACUGUAGCCAAACCGCAUGGGCUACAAACCAGUACAUAAUUAAUUCAGUCA